AUAGAACAAUGCGGAAACAUCGUCAUUCAUGGUAUUUCCCGCCCUACAACUUGCUUGUCUGAUAUUCAAUCGUAGCUGCAAGUUGUGCACCGUAAAAUCUUUCGAAAUGGCAGUUUUCGAGACACAAAAAUCCAGGAUAAACUCUGAUAUGCUGUCUCGAUAUAUCAGCAGGCCGAUUUGCUUCGUUGGACGCGUUGAGAAGGUCAACCCAACAGGAAAAUCAUUCAGUCUUUCGGACGGAGAAGGGAAGUCUGCAUCAGUGGAACUCAACGAGCCUCUUGAUGAGGAGCUGAGCGGGGUGGUGGAGGUGCUUGGUAUGGUGUCCAACAAAGGGACAAUAAUGGCCUCUGCAUACAACAUACUCAGAGAAGACAAAGGCAUUCCUUUCGACCUGGAGCUGUACAAUGAAGUCCUGAAAGUCAUCCACGAUUUCCCCCAGCACUAUCCAUUUGAAAUAGCCACCAGUGGAUGAGCACUUUGCACUUAUUUAUUACUUCCUAAAGAUCAUUGUCAACAUGAACCUCCAUUCUCUUCUUUGCCAUUUUUUUAUAUACUUGUAUAUGAGUGUUACAUGGAUAUGUACAGUUUCUUCUAUUUCUUCAUAUGGAAAACAAGUCAUUACAACAAGAUUCAUUAAUAAACCCAAAAUAAGCCGGG